GUUUGCAGGGCGCGACGUACCAUCAUGCCGACCACACAGCAGUCCCCGCAAGAUGAGCAGGAGAAACUCCUGGACGAAGCUAUUCAGGCCGUUAAAGUCCAGUCUUUCCAAAUGAAGCGAUGCUUGGAUAAAAGCAAGUUAAUGGAUGCUCUGAAACAUGCCUCCAACAUGCUGGGUGAGUUACGGACUUCCUUGUUGUCCCCAAAGAGCUAUUACGAACUCUAUAUGGCCAUUUCCGACGAGCUGCACUACAUGGAGGUGUAUCUGACAGAAGAAUUCGCCAAAGGGCGGAAGGUGGCGGAUCUCUACGAGCUGGUGCAAUACGCCGGGAACAUCAUCCCACGCCUCUAUUUACUGAUAACAGUCGGGGUUGUCUACGUGAAGUCCUUCCCUCAGUCCAGGAAGGAUAUUUUAAAAGACCUGGUGGAAAUGUGUCGUGGGGUCCAGCAUCCGCUGCGAGGCCUCUUUCUCCGCAACUACCUCCUUCAGUGCACACGGAAUAUCUUGCCUGAUGACGGAGAGCAAACAGAUGAAGAAACCACCGGGGAUGUCAGCGACUCCAUGGACUUCGUACUGCUGAACUUUGCGGAGAUGAACAAGCUCUGGGUGCGAAUGCAGCACCAAGGGCACAGUCGGGACCGGGAGAAGAGAGAGCGAGAGAGGCAGGAGCUAAGAAUCCUGGUGGGGACCAAUUUGGUCCGUCUCAGCCAGCUGGAGGGAGUCAACGUAGAAAGAUACAAGCAGAUUGUUUUGCCUGGUAUACUGGAGCAGGUUGUAAAUUGCAGGGAUGCGCUAGCUCAAGAAUACCUCAUGGAGUGUAUCAUACAGGUUUUCCCAGACGAAUUUCACCUCCAGACCUUGAAUCCUUUUCUUCGAGCGUGUGCAGAGUUGCACCAAAACGUGAAUGUCAAAAACAUUAUCAUUGCAUUAAUUGACAGGCUUGCGCUGUUCGCUCAUCGAGAAGAUGGACCAGGAAUCCCCACUGAUAUUAAGCUGUUUGACAUUUUCUCCCAGCAGGUGGCUACUGUCAUACAGUCCAGGCAAGACAUGCCUUCGGAAGACGUGGUGUCCUUGCAAGUUUCUCUCAUUAACCUGGCCAUGAAGUGCUACCCGGAUCGUGUCGACUAUGUGGACAAAGUCCUGGAGACGACGGUGGAAAUCUUCAAUAAGCUGAAUCUGGAACACAUUGCGACAAGCAGCGCUGUUUCAAAGGAGCUGACUCGGCUCUUGAAGAUCCCCGUUGAUACUUACAACAACGUCCUGACCGUCUUGAAGCUGAAACAUUUCCACCCCCUUUUUGAGUACUUCGACUACGAGUCCAGGAAGAGCAUGAGUUGUUACGUGCUCAGCAACGUGCUGGACUAUAACACAGAAAUCGUCUCCCAAGAUCAGGUGGAUUCCAUCAUGAAUCUAGUAUCCACGCUGAUCCAGGACCAGCCGGAUCAGCCUGCCGAAGACCCAGAUCCUGAGGAUUUUGCCGAUGAGCAGGGCCUGGUGGGGAGGUUCAUUCACCUCCUUCGUUCCGAUGAUCCUGAUCAACAGUACCUGAUCUUAAACACUGCUCGGAAACACUUUGGCGCGGGGGGGAACCAGCGCAUCCGUUUCACGCUGCCGCCUUUGGUCUUCGUGGCCUACCAGCUCGCGUUCCGUUACAAGGAGAACUCCAAAGUGGAUGACAAGUGGGAGAAGAAAUGCCAGAAGAUCUUCUCCUUUGCGCACCAGACAAUCAGUGCAUUGAUCAAAGCCGAGCUGGCGGAGCUUCCUUUGCGGCUCUUCCUCCAGGGGGCGCUCGCUGCCGGGGAGAUCGGGUUUGAGAACCACGAGACGGUGGCCUACGAGUUCAUGUCCCAGGCCUUUUCUCUGUACGAAGACGAAAUCAGCGAUUCUAAAGCGCAGCUGGCCGCAAUCACCUUGAUCAUCGGGACGUUCGAGCGCAUGAAGUGCUUUGGCGAGGAGAACCACGAGCCCCUGAGGACGCAGUGCGCCCUGGCCGCUUCCAAGCUGUUGAAGAAGCCGGAUCAGUGCCGGGCCGUCAGCACCUGCGCCCAUCUCUUCUGGUCCGGCCGGAACACGGACAAGAACGGAGAAGAGCUUCACGGUGGGAAGAGGGUCAUGGAGUGCUUGAAGAAGGCGUUAAAGAUUGCCAACCAGUGCAUGGACCCCUCUCUCCAAGUCCAGCUCUUCAUUGAGAUCCUGAACAGAUACAUCUACUUCUAUGAAAAGGAAAAUGACGCGGUGACAAUUCAGGUUUUGAAUCAGCUCGUUCAAAAAAUCCGCGAAGAUCUCCCGAACCUGGAAUCGACCGAGGAGACGGAGCAAAUCAACAAACACUUUCAUAACACGCUGGAGCACUUGCGGUUGAGGAGAGAGUCACCGGAGUCCGAAGGGCCCAUCUACGAAGGGCUGGUCAUUUAA